AUGAGCGCCAGAACUCCCAGAACUCCCACCAAUACCGGAGCCCCCGCAAACAGCGGGAACGCUGCAAAUGCCGGCAACGUUAGAAACGCCGGAAACACUGGAAAUGCCGGAACCGCCAGAACCACGACAACCCAGUUGCCUCUGUUUAGCGCCGAAAUCGAGGUUUUCAUCAAGGUCAAACCCAACGUCGAAGCUGACGUUAAAGAAAAGAAGAGCACGAACCCUUCUUCUCUGCCACCCUUUUGGCGGGAUUGGGACUUUGACCUCCACAACGACGGCGAUGGUAGAGCCGUAUCCGCACAGCAGACACGGGCUAUUAAUGCCGUCAAAGCAACCAUCGACGGGGUUUUAGGAAGAGACAACGGGUGGAAGUGCGGCAUAGACAGGUCCAUAAGGGAUGAUUGGCUCCAACUCGGCCCGCAGACCGAACCAAGAAAGUGGUGGGGAAUCGAAAUUACCACGCCACUAAUCUCGGUUUCGAAGCAGUGGCAGCCCGAGAUCAACGCGGUUUGGGAAGGACUUGGCAAGAAGUUCGACUUUUGGGCCGACAACAUGUGCGGCCUCCACGUCCACAUAUCACCCGGGCCAACCAGGGAAAACCGUUACACCCUGGACCAGAUUGUCAAAAUAGCGAAGGGGACUUAUUUCUGGGAGAUGCCGCUGGCCCACCUUGUCCCUGCGGACCGCAAGUAUAACCAAUACGCCGAACCAAACAAUACUGUCUUCGCGUCCGGUGAAUAUAUGGGCGUCCCGGGUGGCGGCUGGAGCAAAGUCUUUGCGAAAAUUGAGAGCGCUGCCACUUCUCGGGAUAACCUCCUGGACGCGCUGAAAGGCGGAAGAACAGGCUCGAGGGGCUGCACAACAAAUCUCUCAACCAACUUUGCCCCGGUCUCCGAGAAAGGAACCAUCGAGCUGCGUCGCCUGGCCAGGGCUGCCUCAGCUCUCAGCACCAUCCGUGGUAUCCUUCUGGCCGUCACGUUGCAUAUCAGCGCUCUCCGUUACGACUUCGACAGGGCCAGCAGCCGGAAGGACCACCCCGACGACGACGAACUGGUCAAGGAGCUUGCUGGCUGCAUCAAGCGGCUUCCCGAAACAUGCCACGGUACUCGCUUCGUCCACUGGCUCAAAUGGUGCCAGCAAGUCAACACUUCUGGCAACGCCUUCCAUCCCGCGCAGAUCAACACCAGAGAAGAAGCCUACCGCAAGGGACUACCCUCACCCACUCAACCGACCUACCGCCCCCGCAGCGAGGAAUGCCCUCCCGAAUUCUGCAUCCUCCCCACAUACGUCCUGGCCCCCCAAGCCCGAGCCGCCGCCGAGCUCGCAGCCCAAGGAACACGACCCCCCCCCCAAGGAAAGCCCACCGCCAGCCCCCGAGGCGGCAACAACCAGAGCACCUCCACCACCUCGCGAACCACCGCCGCCCAGGGCGCCAACAAACGCACAGGCCAGGACUCAUCCACCGCCUCCCGCUCCCCGCCAAUUCAAGCCGGACGCGGCGGCGGCGCACCAGCCAGCGGACGAGGCGGCGCCGCAACCCGAGGCAGGGGCGGGGGAGCCACGACCGGGGGCCGGGGAGGCGGCGGCCAGGGCGUGUCGACCGCGACGGCGCGCUCCCCGACGGCUAAUGCAUCGCCUUCGACGGGUGGGUCGCGCACGACGCGUCUGCCGGAACGUCCCGCCGCGGCGUCGUCUUCUUCGAGGACGGCGGCUAACGGCGCGAGUAAUGCCGCUAGUGGCCAGCGCCGUCGCCAGCAGCAGGGUGAGGGCGCUUAG